AUGACCCAACCAUGUGGUAGUAUCCUCUGCAUGAAAUCAAGAAAUCACCGAUUUUACAUCCGCGCAUCGCCAAUAGUCUGCAUUGCCGAUGUGGUACAAUUCAUUCUCUUCGUCCUACUUGGAUCCAGCCGUAAUCCCAAGGUGUGGCUUCAAAAUCUUAAAUUCGAACUGAAUGAGCGCUUCCAAGGAGAAUCCGGCGCUUGGGACAAAGAGGCCGCCGAGAAUUCGAUACUGAUGCGGUGGAUAUUAAUGAUCCUGGGUGCAAGCCAGUUCCAAGUCAUAAAACUCAUGGCUAUGAAAGGAAUUCCAUGGACUCAGGUCUGGGCAAUGAUGUUCGGCAUCUCUAUCAUAUUCGGGGAAGUUCUCAUACUGCUCACACGGGUUCUGAAACUCGAUGGCAGCUCAGCAAAUACAAUACCUGCGUGGCGCCAUUAUAACGUGUCCAAUACUUUGGAUUAUGUUGCUCCCCUCGUCGUUCUCAUAGCAUUUUGCGCCUCCAUAGUCAGUAUUGCCAUAUUUUACAUUGGCCUUUUCGAUGGGAACCCUGGUUUCUUCAAUGAACUCGGCCUUAUCUCAAUUAUUGCUACCAUUGCGAUAUACGUCGUUGUUCUGGUCCCGAAGAUCACUCCAAGAGCAAUGUUUCGAGUCAACUCGAAUGAGGGCUCGCUAGCUGUGGUCUUGGCCUUUUACACAUUACUGGCCGGCAUUCUGUAUUAUGGGGUGACUUAUGACUCGUCUGGGACAGUCAACCCAGACUGGACGGGUAUUUUUGGUUAA